AUGCCUCUUGCUAAGGAUCUCCUUCAUCCCUCUCCAGAAGAGGAGGAGAGGAAACACAAGAAGAAGCACCUGAUGCAGAGCCCCAAUUCCUACUUCAUGGAUGUGAAAUGCCCAGGAUGCUAUAAAAUCACUACCGUCUUUACUCAAGCACAAACAGUAGUUUUGUGUGUUGGCUGCUCCACUGCUUCCUAUCAGCCUAUAGGAGGAAAAGCAAGGCUUGCAGAGGGAUGCUCCUUCCAAAGGAGGAAGCACUAA